AUGCCUCAAUCCUUUGCUUUUGUCGAAGUGAUAAAACAACCUGAAGACAUUAACUACUGGCAAAUAGAUGCAUUCAUUAACUCUCAGUCUUUUCGAUGUAUGAGGACGAGAUUCCCUCUGUGUUAUUACAAUCAGCUGAUGUUGAUACUAACACAAGUUGAUAAGUAUCUUCUCGAUGUUAUUUACGCAGAUUCAGAUGUCUUAAUAGCAACUUGGGAUGCUAAUCGCUUUCUUCCCGUGGAAAAGAGUGCGAUUUCUGAAAGCUUGAUUUCAUUGGAUGCGAUUUCUGAAGCGAAUAAUAAUUUGGGGGAAAGGAAUGACAUAUUUAGAUUACAUGAAUCUUCGGAGGAACGGCAAGAGAUUUCGCAAGCAAAUGAAACCACUUUGAAACGAAUGGAUUCAUUGUUUACAGUGAUUUUGCUUGGAGGAAUUAAUUGCAAGGUAUCGAUCGUUUUGAACGGAGAAAUAAGGCUUUUCGCAGCGGCAUUAAGGAACUGGAUGACAUUACAGUUUACUUUGUUGCCCAACAAGAUGUGUGAACGUUUAGCAGAGAUGGAAGAAUUAAUCCUACAAUACGACAAGUUGACUGGGUUGCUGAGCGGCGAUGAGGAAGGAAAUAUGCGGGAAAAUGUGAUAGAAACAGUUCAAAUGGUGACUGGGACGGCGGCAGAGAACACGGCGACAAUUGGGAUCGAGACGACAGCGACGUCAUUAGGACACGCGGCCGCCGGCGUCGUGCUAGCCGUGUUUGUUGACAUUGCUGUGACGGCAAGCAUGUUAGCACGUGCUAAAGUGCGCAAGGACCGGGGAAAGAUUACUGAACAGCAAUACAAGAGGGAGAUACGCGGUCGCCUCUUUCAAACGGGUUGUCAGUUCGUUGCGGGCACGACAGGCACUCUUGUUGGGCAGAUUGUAGUGCCAGUCCCUGUUGUUGGCGCGGCCAUUGGGGGGUUUGUAGGGAGUUUGGUGGGAUUAGGAGUGAGCAUGGGUGUCUCGAAGAUACACAGGGUGGUAGAGAGGGCUAGAAAACGUAAAGAAAUGAUGAUGAUUGAAAAUUGAGC